UGAGAGAGAGAGAGUGUGGCGGAUUGCGAUAUUGCUUCUAAACGUGAAGAUGAAGGCAGCGGUGAUGGCGUGCGUGGUGGUGGCGUUGGUGGUGGCGGGAGAGGUGGCAGGUACGGACGAGGGCGGCAAGGGUGUGAGCGGCGACAAGAGCGCUCCGGAGGACAGGCUGCAACAGGACCGGAGGGGCGUGCGGCUGUUUGCUCUCUCUACCACCACGUCCAUCAAGAGGGUAGCCACCACCACCAUCACCGCCAUCAACACCUGUCUCUCCGUCAUAGCUGGUACCACUUGCACGGGGCGAAGAAAACGAGCGCUCUUCUCUGAUCUCGACGCCCUGGAAGGUAUCGAGGACCAGGCUUAUGCUCUGCACGGGACACAGCGCGAUGAAAAGGAAGUUAAGACAGAGGCAAGCGAGGGGCACACGGCGGGGGUGGAGGAGGAGCAGGAGGAAGAAGAAAGGCUGCAGAAGAGGGAACUGGAUGGAAGGAGUGGAAGGAAAAUCACCAUCUACUCUUCCUUCAUCUCUACUCUUACGUUGACCUCCACGUCAUACCUCGCUGGAACUACUGUCACGGCCACGGCUCUCUGUGUGGCGCCUGGUCUUACCACUGGCUGUUUCGGGAAGUAGUGGAUGUGUGGUUGUCUGUCUUGCUUUAAAGCCUAACCUAACCUAACCUAACCUAACCCAACCCAAUUCAAUUUUAACUUAUCCUAACCUAACCUAUCUUAACCUAACCUAACCAAACUUUAACCUAUCCUAUCCUAACCUUGGCUUCUACAUU